AUGUCCUCUUGUUUGGGCGCCUUCUCUAACCAGGACGCCAUGCCUUCUACAGGUCCGGAGCACGACCGACUACACCCCCAACCAUAUUUUUUAUCCGGCCACGGCUCCGUCUAUUACUCCCCGAGACACGCGGCCAAUCUCAAUUCCUCAACAUUCCCAGCAUCGCUGAUCCAACCCCGCCAACGCCGCCCGCACUCGAUCCACAUUGUCUCGUACCCGCCCGGCUUUGUGCCUCCCGAUCUGCGCCCCGCCCAGCAGAGAACGCAUAGAUCGAGGUUUGCGGAUCGCGAGGCUCAGGAGAGGAACAGGUCCCGGAAGCAAGAGAAGGAACGGAAAAGGGCAGAAAGGGAGCGGAACAAAGAGAAGGAAAAGAGGCGAUCCCUACGUUCCAAUCAGCCUGGUAGGAACGGUGACAAACUUGGGAGAGUUCUCGACAAGAUCCUCGCUGCUUUCUCGAUUACCCCUAAACCACGCCCGCACGUUUUUACGGAUUCGGCUCCACAGACGCCGUCUCGGCCAUCGAGUUUCAUUAGCUUUGCUCGAAGGCUGUCUCGAAUCGAACCGACAGUAGUCGACGGACCCGCCGUCGUGAACCCCGUUUCCGAGCUGCCCAACAUGGCCGCUGAACCCGUCCCCCGCCCGACAGCCCCGAGCGCAGUGCCCGCAUCUAACAGGAAUAGCAUAAUAUCAAUCCGAUCAGGGAAGACAUCGGCGAGCUCAACCGUAUCCGAGAUCCAGAAGCCAGUAGCAUCCGGCAGUGGUGUGUCGUGCUCUAUCCUGCUAGCAGAGCCUAAUGUGUUCCUACACGGUUUCGACCAUGACAGCCGCGCUCGCCGCGAGGGCCUACCGUCAAGUGCCCUGCUCCGAGGGAAGCUGCAGCUGAAUGUGUCCAAAAAUGUCAAGAUCAAGUCUGUGACACUGAAGCUGGUCGGCAAAGCAAGGACGGAAUGGCCCGAAGGGAUACCGCCCCUGAAAACGGAAACGUGUGAGGAGCAGACCCUGCGUGCCCAGUCGCUCGUCUUCUUUCAUGCAAUGCACCAGGGCAUGUGGGAAACAGAGUAUGGCAGCCAGUGCACUUUCACCCUCAAGGGGGGUAGCACUCACUCCGGCCUCAUGAACUCUCCGUACCCGAGCCAGUCCAACACAUCAUUGCAUGUCCUCGGCAAGGGGCGUGCUAGCACUCUCACCGCCAAGGAGCUCAAGCGGCUAUCUUUACAGUCCGUCAAUUCCCGCAGUUUCGGCAAGGGCGACUCUCCACUCGCCCACCAGGUCCAGGCGAAGGGAUACAAGACUUUCCCUCCCGGUACCUACGAAUACGCAUUCGAGCUUCCCAUUGACCAUAAUCAGCUGGAAACGGCAAAACUCCAGUACGGAUCCGUCCGGUGGGAGCUCCAGACCACGGUCGAGCGGGCGGGCGCCUUCAAGCCCAACCUCCACGGGGCAAGGGAAAUCUCGCUCGUCCGUCUUCCAGACCAGAUGUCGCUGGAGACUACCGAGCCCAUCUCGAUCAGCCGGCACUGGGAGGAUCAACUACAUUACGACAUUGUAAUCUCGGGCAAGAGUUUCCCCAUUGGAGGGAAGAUCCCUAUCGCAUUCAAACUUACACCACUCGCCAAGGUGCAGAUUCACAAACUCAAGGUGUUUGUGACGGAGAGCAUCGAGUAUUGGACCAAUGAUCGGCACGUGACGCGCAAGGACCCCGGUCGUAAGCUGCUCCUGCUUGAGAAGACGGCGGGAAAGCCGCUGGACAAGCAGUUUGCGGCGAGCGAGAUCCGUGUGCUGUGCGGUGGCGAACUGGAGCCGGAUCAGCGGGAGGCGGCGCGGCGGACGGCAGCUAGGCGCAGGAUGAGAGAGGCUGUUAGGACACGCGGUGCCCCGGCGCCGUUACCGGAUCCCAGCGACAAUAUACUUGGGGAUUUGGAUCUUGGGCUGGAGAGUUUCUGGGGGAGCACCGAGAUUGAGAUGAACGUGCAGCUGCCUACGUGUGAAGCUAUGGCAAGAGAUAAGACACUCCGGCUGCAUCCGGACUGUAGUUGGAAGAAUGUCAAUGUCUUUCACUGGAUCAAGAUCGUCAUGCGCAUCUCCCGCGCAGACCCGGACGACCCAGCCGGAAAACGCCGCCGCCAUUUUGAGAUUAGCAUCGACAGUCCGUUUACCGUCCUAAACUGCCGCGCUACCCAGGCCAAUACUCUCCUCCCGCAGUACAACGGCCACGAUGGCCCCCUUGCUUCUGAGCAGCAACGGCCACAAAUGUCGUGUGGCUGUCCGGAUGCGCAACCGGUGGUGGAUCAGGGCCCGUCCGGAACCGGGAUUUACAUAGCCAUGGUUGAAGAGGACGUCAUCACGCCGGGCGGUACUCGGCUGCGGCUUAGUGAUCGCCCCGGCCCGUCUCGUGCGCCUAGUCAGGCUUCUCAACCGCCGGGGCAAAACGAUUCAUCCAGCCAGAGGCGGGGUCAAGCAUCAUCAUCAUCAUCGCUGAGUCCCUACGAACGAGACCGCCCGAUUCAUUUGCUUAGGUACCCUUCGCAUAACCCGCCCGCGUUUGAUGCGGAUGAACCACCGCCCCCGCUGGCCCCGCUGCAAACGGAGGUCAUGACACCCCCGCCGCAGUAUGAUGCUGUUAUUGGCACGCCGAGUGUGGAUGGGUUGGCGGAUUAUUUUGCGAGAUUGGCGGCGUAUGAGAAUAUGGCAACGGCACAGAGACGCUCGCCGAUGGCCAUGUCUGCCAUGGCCAUGUCUGGAGAGAACCCAGGUGAGGGUGAUAUGGCGCCAGGUUCUAGCGAGGCGAUUGGUGUUGGUGUUGGUGUUGGUGUUGGUGUUGAUGGGGUGGUGGGAGAUCCCUUUAGCAGCGCGGCAGCUGGAGGAGGAGGAGGAGGAGGAGGAGAGACAAUUCUACCUGAUGAUAAUAACUCCUCGGAUAGUGCUGAUGAGGACGAUUAUGAGCGCCCGCAUCGCAGGGGACGGGUCAACGUGCCCAAUCCGAGGACUCCUGGUGGCAGGCUGGUGCCGAGCAGGAGUUUGGAGAUUGAGAGGCCGGUUGUCAGGUUGGAUAUGAGUGAGGUCUUGAGACGGAGGUGGGGUGGCAAUGGCAAUGAGAGGGGAUAA